AUAGCCGGGUUCCCCAUGGCAGCCAUUUUAGCGGAACGGAACGAAAACGGAUAAUACAUAACCUGUAAAGAUCUGUGUGUGAAGUGAUGCUCAGAAAUUAUCGUAGUGAUAUAACAUUUUAUAAUCGUUUCACACAACAUGGAAUAUAAGUGUGGAAAUUGUGGUUGGUUAUUAAAAUAUGAUCAGCUGGCACAGCAUUCUUGCUUUGCAAAUACGGAUCUACACACACUACUAGCAGAAAGCGGAGACACCACUUUUACAACAGUUAUUGCAGAAAAUGAGACUAUCGAAGAAAGUAUAAAUGAUAAAGAUAGACUGGACGAGGAUCUCAUUGCAGCUGUAAAAAAUAAACCCGCAUUAUAUGAUUUUCGCUUACCAUUAAAGCAAAGAGGAAGAAAACAAAAAGAUGACUUAUGGAACGAAGUUAGUGUGGACUUAAAAGGUAAAAUUAUGUUAAGUUAUAUCAAGUGACAUGUGUAUCUUGUCUGUCUCUCUCUCUCCCUCUCUCUCUCUCCCUCUCUCUCUCUCUCUCUCUCUCUCUCUCUCUCUCUCUGUGCGUGUGCGUGUGCGCGUGUGUGUGUGUGAGAGCGCAUGUAUGCUUUGUGUUUUUCUAUAAGCACAUUAUUAUAGUGUUACAAAUGAUAUGUCGUAGGCUUAUACAGGGUGUCAGAUUCGAUAUGGACGACCCCAAAGAUUAUAGUAGAUUGGG